GUUUAUUCUCAAUCAACAUCACAACAUCACAACACUCUACACUCUACACUCGCCAUACAACAUCUCACAACUUAAGCUCUAUACACGCAACUCAACAAUCCAAAAGCACUCGAAUCGCAAUUGUUCACACAGAUAAUUACACAAAUUCACAAAGUUUCACGCACAUAAACAGCCUACGCAGGAUGGCUAUCACAACAGGGCAAAAGCAAGCUCUGAUGGAGAAUUUGCAAUUGGAAAUUUCUGAGCGUGCCAGAAAGCUCAGAGCACAAUACAAUGUUCAAGCUCAAGGUUUAAAGACGCGUAUUGAAAUUCGCGUCAAUCGCAUACCUAUUUCAAUGCGCAAAAAGAACAUUGGGGACUUGUUUGAAAAGCACAAAAUUACUGGCGCACAAGCAGCGCGUACGGAAGUGGGACCACCAGUCCCAGCAAAGAACACUCCAAAAAACACACAAAAGAAGAUUCCAGUGGAGGAGUCAGAAAGUGGUCCAAGUACUCGAGUCACAGCACCAUUUCGUGCUACCAAAAGAAAUAGUGACGAGGCAAGAUUGGACAAGGAAAACAAUAUUGACAACCCAAAGAAACGUCAAAAGGCUGCACCCAAUCUGCCCGAACGUACCACGUCUCGUGUCAAUAUGGACCCCAAACAAAUACUUUCACCUAGAUCCGCUAACUCUCGAACUUUACCUGCCUCGCCAAUAAAACCCGCACCACCGGCCAAAUCUACUACAGAUUCUCGUCCACCUACAAGAGCUGGACGAAAAGUUGCGCCACAUACGAAUCCAGCUGGAGCUGCUCCUAGUCGAGCAAGAUCCAAUACUGCAACUUCGGGUCCAAAGACUACACGAGGAAGAAAUGUCAGCAAUACUAGUACAGAAACUGUUGUUAAAAAGGCACCGGCUGCAAAACUUAAGAAGGCAGCACCUGCACCUGCGCAACCUACCCAACCGGCCAGCACUGCUGUUGGAAGAGUGUUGAGAAAGAGAGCUUGAGGUCAUUUCAAAAGCUGCAAUAUCAUACAUUUCUUGACCAUAUUCAACUCAUCUUUUGUUCACGAAGCA